GCUGGUUUUCAGAGACUUCGUAACUUGGGGAUUCUGGUCUGACUCGGGGCGUCAAUGGAAAACCCCGGAGCUGAGCGCGCGCAUAAAAGCUCCUCACGGACACAAAUGGAAGCUGAAAGCGAACUUCCGGAGCUGCGAGGAGGACACGAGCCGAGACACGGACACACACCGCCCCCCUGACAGACAUGGACACCUGGGCAGCUGUUUUCCUACUGAGCCACUUCCUGUUUACAUCUUCGGUCCAAUCAGCGCCCACCCCCAGCCUCCCGCCAGCGUUCCAGGAGACGGCGGUCCGAGCGAACGCCCUGGUGGAGAAGAUCCUGAAGAUCCUUCCUGCGGCGCACAGCGCCACCAUCAGCAUCCAGGGUCUCAGCCUGGACUCGUCCACUCAGACGUCAAACCUGCAUCUGAUGGAACCGUCCCUGGGGGUCCCUGCGUCCCCCUUCCUCAAGCAGCCGUCAGCACACUUCACCCUGGACAUGUGUGUCAGUCGCAUGUUGGCGGGCGUUCAGAUGUACCAGGACCUGCUGGAGGUUCUGUCCACCAGCCUGAGCGGUCUGGAGGACCUGAGGUCGGACCUCAGGGACCUGCUGACCCACAUCAACAAGAUGAAGGAGGUGGCUCAGCUCGAAGGCGACGGUUCGGAUCAGAACCCGAGUCUGGACCUGGUCUCUGGUCUAAAGGACAGCUACAGAGUCCAGGUGGCGGCCCACCUAACGCUGACGCAGCUGCGCUCCUUCUGUCAUGACCUGAUCCGGACCUUCAGAGUCCUCCCCUCCUACGGAGCUGCAGGUGCACGCUAAGCUCCGCCCACCGGGGGACGACCACGUGCUGGAUCGGACCAGAACCAAAGGAUCUUCAUGGAUCCGGAUCAGAUUGUUUUCUUUGAAACAAACUAACGUUUUAGAAUGACUCAACAAAACAGCUCCUUGUCAGAACCAGGCCUGAAGGUUCUGAAGGUUCUGAUGAAGAGGACGGUUGACGACUUGUUUCUUCAGAAACUGGAUCCAGCCAUCAGGUCCGUCUCUCUGAAGCUGAAGAUGGAGCGAGGAACACCAGAACCGACCCGUCACGGUCUCUGCUCCGGAUCGGUUCAGAGGCUUCCUGGAUGUUCAGGUCCGGGUCCCGGCACGUCGGGCUGCCGUAUCUCUGCGGAUCAGCAGGACUGCAUCAGCAGCCUCAGGACGUUUACAGAACCACCAGGAAUCUGCCGGCUGAUCUGCAGGUCUGGACCCGUUCCGCACUCAGCCAGAACUCCUGCUCCCCUCCGGUUCUGGAAAAUAAAAACAUUUGUGACCCGACAGAGGAAGAUCUGAGACCAGGGUUCAGAUCAGAACCUUGUCGGUGUUUUUAUAUUUAAUCAGAUUAAUUUAUUUAUUUAUUAGGAUCAAAUAUUUAAUAAUAAUUU